AUGGCAGUCGCCUGCCCAAUCUGCAACAAGCCCGUCAAGCCAACCGAUAUCAACGACCACAUCGAUUCCGGCUGCACAACCCUCAUCUUCGAUCCGAGCACUCCAAUCGUCCCUCCGCAACCUCAGCCGUCGACGCAAAAUGGCGCCGCCAUCCCUGCCUCGCAGCCACAGAAGCGCAGCGCUUCCAGCUUCUUCACGCCCACGCCCAAGCGGCAGAUCACCGAUCCCGGCCCUAAAGCCCACACGCCCAUCAGCAACAUGACGAUGCGGCCAAAGACGCUGGACGACGUGUGUGGACAAGAGCUCGUCGGAACCAACGGCGUGCUGCGGUCGCUCAUCGAAUCGGACCGGGUGCCGUCCAUGAUACUCUGGGGCGCUUCGGGAACUGGCAAAACCACGAUUGCAAGGUGCAUUGCCCAGGUGGUGGGCAGCCGCUUCAUCGAGCUCAACGCCACCAGCUCGGGCGUGCAGGAAUGCAAGAAGCUCUUCCAGGAGGCCGCCAACGACCUGCAGCUCACGGGCCGCAAGACAAUCAUCUUUUGCGACGAAAUCCACCGCUUCAACAAGGCCCAGCAGGACGUCUUUCUGCGGCCGGUCGAGGCGGGCACCAUCACCCUCAUCGGCGCCACGACGGAGAACCCGUCUUUCAAAGUCGCCAAUGCGCUGCUCUCUCGAUGCCGGACAUUUACGCUGCGGUCCCUCGGCACGGAAGACAUUGUCGAUAUCCUGAGGCGGGCUCGCAAGGUGGAGGAGUCGGUCUACCCGCCUUCGCCCCUCAUUGACGACGAGAUGAUGAGCUACCUUGCCCGCUUCAGCGACGGCGAUGCCCGCACAGCCCUCAACCUUCUCGAACUCGCCCUAUCGCUCACCCUCCGCGAGGGCAUGACGCAAGAAACAAUGAAGCAGUCUCUCACCAAAACUCUCGUCUACGACCGCGCUGGCGACCAGCACUACGACACAAUCUCCGCCUUUCACAAGUCUGUCCGAGGAAACGACCCAGACGCUGCCCUGUACUACCUCGCACGCAUGAUCCAGUCCGGCGAAGACCCCCUAUUCAUAGCCCGCCGCAUGGUCGUCAUCGCCUCAGAAGAUGUCGGCCUCGCAGACAACACCCUCCUGCCCCUUGCCACGGCCACCUACACGGCCACGCAGCAAAUUGGCCUCCCCGAAGCCCGCAUCCCCCUGGCUCACUGCGCCGUGGCCCUCUGUCUGGCACCAAAGAGCACUCGCGCAUACCGCGGUCUGAACAAUGCCUUUGCCGCCCUGCGAGAGCCCGGCGUGGCGAGCCUACCGGUGCCGUUGCACCUGAGAAACGCGCCGACGAGGCUGAUGCGAGAUUUGGGCUUUGGAGCAGAGUACAAGUACCCGCCUAAUUACAAAGAUGGCAAGGUGAGGCAGCAGUAUCUCCCGGAUGAGCUAGUUGGGCGGACGUUUCUGGAGACGAGAGAUUUGGGGACGGUGGUUGAUCACGAUUACGAGAUGAAGGAUGUGCCAACAUGA